GGGAGGCGCGGCUGGGGCGGUGGCGGCGGCGGCGCGUAUCGCACGGGGCCGGUCCGCGGCUGGAGCGGAGUCCGCGGUGUGCGUGCGGAGCCGGGCCCUCUCACACGGUCGCGAUGAACACGGUGCUGUCGCGGGCGAACUCCCUGUUCGCCUUCUCGCUGAGCGUCAUGGCGGCGCUCACCUUCGGCUGCUUCAUCACCACCGCCUUCAAAGACCGGAGCGUCCCGGUGCGGCUGCACGUCUCGCGGAUCAUGCUGAAAAAUGUAGAAGACUUCACUGGACCUAGAGAAAGAAGUGACCUGGGAUUUAUUACAUUUGAUGUAACUGCUGAUCUAGAGAAUAUAUUUGAUUGGAAUGUUAAGCAGUUGUUUCUUUAUCUAUCAGCAGAAUAUUCAACAAAAAAUAAUGCUCUGAACCAAGUUGUCCUUUGGGACAAGAUUGUUCUGAGAGGUGAUAAUCCGAAGCUGCUGUUGAAAGAUAUGAAAACAAAGUAUUUUUUCUUUGACGAUGGAAAUGGUCUCAAGGGAAACAGGAAUGUCACUUUAACCCUAUCUUGGAAUGUUGUACCAAAUGCUGGAAUUCUACCUCUUGUGACAGGAUCAGGUCAUGUAUCUGUCCCAUUUCCAGAUACAUAUGAAAUAACAAAGAGUUAUUAAAUUAUUCUGAAUUUGAAACAGCA